AAACGGAUGAUAUCACGGAAUGUUGUUGUCCGCCUUGUCCGCCAGGACGACCAGAGUUCUGAGAGUCCGGCGGAAGCGGAGAUUGCCCAGAAAACGUAGUCCGCGGCAUUUUCUUAGCGUGCAGCGAGUCAGCGCGUUUCGCUACAUUUUUCUGAAUGACGCCGUAGCAGUCCGCACCAGAUAAACCGGAGUUUGUCGGAAAGCUUCGAAUCUGGCCCGUCGUCGCCAACGUUUCCACUUCUGGACCCGCCUGGCGCGGAAGGUUACAGGACAAGGACAUCGGUUGUGACUCGGCUUAAAUUUUCGAGGGUGGUGGAUAACGAGGGGGAUACCAACUGCGUGUGAAAAAUUUUUCCUACUUGGGUUUUUUAAACCAAUUUUCGGACGUCGCGGAUUCUCCAGAUUUUCGUUAGCCAGGGAUGGCCGGACGUGGGGCAGCGGUGGCGCAGAGGCCCAAUGGCGCCCCGCAGGGCAAGAUCUGUCAGUUCAAGCUGGUGCUGCUGGGCGAGUCGGCCGUGGGCAAGUCCAGCCUCGUGUUGCGCUUCGUCAAGGGACAGUUCCACGAGUACCAGGAGUCCACCAUCGGCGCUGCCUUCCUGACGCAGACGGUGUGCCUGGAUGAGACGACGGUCAAGUUUGAGAUCUGGGACACGGCGGGCCAGGAGCGCUACCACAGCCUGGCGCCCAUGUACUACCGGGGCGCCCAGGCAGCCAUUGUGGUGUACGACAUCACCAACCAGGACACGUUUGGCCGGGCAAAGACCUGGGUCAAAGAGCUGCAGCGCCAGGCCAGCCCCAGCAUCGUCAUCGCCCUGGCGGGGAACAAGGCCGACCUGGCCUCCAAGAGGGCCGUCGAGCUGGAGGAAGCGCAGGCAUACUCUGAAGAAAACGGACUGCUUUUCAUGGAAACAUCUGCGAAGACUGCAAUGAACGUCAACGACAUCUUCCUGGCCAUUGCCAAGAAGCUUCCGAAGACGGAACAGGGCACGACGGCCGUCGGGGGCGGCGCCAGCGGCCAGGGCCGUCGGGGGGUGGACCUGAGCGAGCAACAGCACCAAUCCGGAGGCUGCUGCAAGUGAUGCCCCUCCCCCUCUCUCGGAAGCCCCACCCCCUCCCCUCAAAAACCCCUCCCCUUGUUUCGGAAGAAGCACGGCACUUCCCACGAAGCUGCGACGACGACGACGAUGGCGGUGCUCUCCUCCCGGCCGUCGUCUCUUCUGCUCGAUCUGUACAUACGCAGUAUAUAUAUAUGUAUACAGACUGGGUGUAUAGGUAUAUAUUGCGGGGGAGUCGCACCACACCAACACGCAACACAUGCCCGCCGGAGGAGGCAACACACGCAGCUUGGCAUUCUUUCGUUGUCUGUCAGAGGUUGGCUUCUGCGCUCUUCUUUCCUCCGCGCACUUGGAACGGGGCGUCUUUUCUGUCUGCGGUUGGGACGUGCGUGCUUGUGCGGCUGUGCGUGAAAGAAAUGUGUGUGUGUGUGCGUUCCUGCCCGCUCUUUUCCGGUUGGUGCGUCUGAUGCGAUGCGAGGGAACGGGUUUCGUGGGAACUUCAUUUUUCCGGCAGAAGGUUUCUCGUCCUGGGGGGGGAGAAGGGGGGGCGGCGUCUGCACGGCGGGGGGAAACAGAUGCGUCUGCUUUUGUUUCUCUUCCCGUGUUUGCGUGUAAUAGUUUUAACUGGGAACAAAGUGUCUUUGGCCCCCCUCCAAGCCCCUUUUUUCUUUUUUUUUUUUUAGUUUGCAUCGUUGGGUAGCGUUUUACACUGGCAAUUUUGGAACUGCCGAAACGGCACGUUUCAGAUUAACUUGUGGGUGGCGUCGGCGGCAGUUAGAAGGCGACCCCGGAGGGUCGGGGGGGGGCAUAGCGAUCAUAACGGGAACGACUUUGAGGAGGCUGGGCCUAGGUCAUACACAUCCUUUUCGUCGAGCUACGCGUUUUUGUAGUGGGCGUCGGGGGAAAUUUGUCGGAAUGCGCCAGUUGUUUUUCUUUCUCCCUUUUUUUGUUUCGGAGUAUAUAGCCUCGUCAUUGAGCCUUCCUGUUGAGUUAUCGUCAUUGUUGGUUGCAUUCCUUUCCGUUUUCUUCCGGACUAUUGGGAUCUUUUCUUAUGAGACAGCAGAAACUUUUUUUCUUCUAUUGUCCACGAGGAGCAAAUUAAGCGUACUCUUCCUAGACCUAUUCAUUCCUUAAACGCGAGGUGUUUGCUUUCGUUCUUUUCUGUAGUCGCGAUAUGGGGCAAGCGAGCACGGUGCAGUAUUUCUGCUUUCUGGCAAUUGGUUUUCUUGAAACUUCUAUCUUGGUCGGGCCCGCGUGCAUUUGUAGUAGAAAAAGGAGCGAAAAGACUGAAUUUUUUUUUUUAGAAUGCAAAUAAUCUGGGAUUUAUUGUUGCCCUCUUGGAAGGAGUAAGUUUAUUGUGUAGGUUAUAUAUAUAUAUAUAUAUAUUACGAGGAACUUGCUGUGUUGUCUAUAUUAUUGUAUGAUGUUUAUGCUGUACAUAACGUUUGAUAUUAAAAAUUAAAAAAAGGAAUAAAAUUUUGAAGUGCAUCCAGUA